AUGAUACCUUUCAUGAGAUCUCCCAUUGAAACAACUGUUAAUCCUUUGAAGAUAUCAAAGAGAACAACUGCACAGGCAAUAAAAGAUUACGAAAAGGUAAUCGAAAGAGUUCAAAAAGCCGGACCUAAGUUAGAUAGUGUCAUUUCAAGACUUCAAAAUAUAUAUGGAAUGCAUUUAACAGCAUACUCUCUCCUCAAGCAUGCUAAUAAGCUUUGUGAUCAACUUGGAUUGAAUAUUGAUAGAUUGGCAACAAGAAAUAGGAAGGCACUAUUCUGCUGGUUCGCUGAAAAUUGGAACUAUAUUGAAAAAUACCUUCCUGAUUCAGGUUGCAGAGAUCAUCUACAUUGUGUUCAAUCGCAAAAUUAUCAUUGUUCGAUAGUCGAUUUAACAGAUAUCAAAUCAUUAUUAAAGGUUCAUUAA